UUCAGCGACAACCAAGACGCGGUACUUGUUCGCCUGGUGCGUCCGUACCUGCUACAGCAGCAGCCCUUACAGUGGGGCACGGUAGUGAAGCGAGUGCGCGUGCAGACGAAGUCGAAACAAGCACUUCGGGAACGUCUCAAGACUCUCAAGAAGACACAUGGCAAGCUACUCGACCGUUUCCCAGCAUUAUACUUCCGCACACGUAGUGCCUGGCAACCUACCCUGCAAUGUCCUCCUCAGCCUAUUACAAAAGGCACGCACGUUAUCACUGAGGCUGUGUUUCGCGGUGUAUCACAGCGUAAUGUCCGACAACUUCCUGGGAUGCCGCAUUUCAAUGCUGGGGAAAUCGCCUCGGGGGGCGUGACAAUGUUGCUGAAAGUACUGAAUAUCGGCGCGGGCGCUACUUUGGGAGAUAUUGGGUGCGGCAUUGGUAACGUCCUAGUUCAAGUUGCGCUAGAGUCCGGUUCCAAGGCGUGCAUCGGUGUCGAAGUGAGGGAGGAGCUGGUAGCCGCAGCGCAUAGCGCACUAUUUAGUGUGUAUCGCGCGCUUUCUGAUUGCUCGGUCGUCCUGGUAAACAACAUCGUCUUCGCGGAAGAAGCCAAUUUAGCGCUAGAACAGUUCUUAUGUAUGUCGACGGUCGCAAGUCAGGUGGUGUUAGGCCGCAAGAUGUACCCGCGCCAUCGGAACUCAUGUGGUCGUGUGUUUUGCUUGCUAUGGGACUUGGUGCAGCCCGUUCAACUAGAAGUCAAGUGGGCCAGCAUCUCACAUGAGUUCUACCUAUGUCGACGA